GAUGUCUCCAGGUUGUUGUGGAUAUGAUCUGUGUGAUACACGGUUGUGUAAUGUGCUGAGUUGUGUUUGGUUUACGACCUGAUGCAUUAGUUAGCACGAGUAUGUUGCAACUAAAUAAAACAAUUAUUUACACGCUACAUUUUGAGAACACUAACACAUGUUGAGUUAAACAAGUAAAUAGUUUUUAUCAUUAAAUUCUACGGUUUCAUAAGAGAGCUCCGGCUUUGUGAUGAAAUAUCACUCAGCAUCUCAACUCAACAAACACUGAUAAGGGACUGCGGACGCACCUCCUCGAUAAAAGUAUUAUUUUACAUCACUCCCUCUUCAGUCUCAGACACUAGUGCCUGCAUCCCUUUCAUCUUUUAAAAAUUGAUUUCACUUCAGUUUCUUUCAGUCUUUCCCUUCUUCUCCCGGUUUUAAAUUUGUACUUUAAAUAGUAUGUUUCAAUGUAAUUGUCAAUGCUUUUUAUGUUCAAUUAAUCAAGAAUCCGACUAAUAAUAUUGUCGCAAGUGUGUGUUUGUGUUGUCGCAAGUGUGUGUGUUCUGAAAAAGUUAGUAUUUCUUAAGUAGUGUGUAGUGUGCACAUCAGCAGUCUCCGCCCUGAACAUGUCCGUGUGGUCGGAGACAGAGGGCGCUGGUGACGCGGACGUGGUGAACGCUCUCGAACGUACCAUGUCCUUUGUCGUUGACAGGUUAAACGAAGAUAAAGAGAGGUCCCCGUGCUUGGCUGAGGGAAACGAUUCAAACAGGAUGCUGGGUGCAAGGAGACGCAUCUUCCUGGACGUGCUGAUGGCGUGCUGGGGUCUAGGCACCUGGCUGGGUGUCAACGGCCUGUACGUGCAGCUGCCGCUGUUGGUAGAGCGGCUGCCCGAGGGCUGGGCGCUGCCGUCCUCCAUGACGGUGGCCAUCCAACUGGCCAACGUGGGGCUCAUCGCCUACGCCGCUAUGAGGAGGCUGUUACCGCGCGCCCCAGACUCUCCGUACAUCUACAUCCUCCUGUCAGUGGGCACACUGGCCCUGUAUCUGAACUCCUUCCUGUAUACGGAGACCGCCGUAUUAGGAGAAGCCAACCGCUCCGUGUCGUUCCUCGCCCUCACAUUCUUCGCGGCUCUCGUGGGUUGUACGAGCUCAGUGUUGUUUUACCCUUACUUAAGACAUUUCCGCGACGUGUAUCUCGCUACGUACUUAGUGGGCGAGGGUUUGAGUGGCUUCUUACCGAGUUUGUUCGCCUUGAUCCAGGGGGUCGGCGGAAAUCCGGAAUGCGUUCUUUCUUCAGAUAACAAGACUAUGGAGGCCGUAUAUCCUCCCGCAAGGUUCAAUACUACCGUUUUCCUCAUAUUACUCGGAUGUUUAGCUACAGUCAGUCUGGUGAGUUUCUCGCUAAUCGACAAUCUAUCGUGUUUCUUAUCGGAGCGCGUCAGGCCGUCGGAGGUGGCGAAGGAGGAGGAGGCGAGCACGUCUGAGUCCAUCUGCCAGCCGUCAUGGUUGGGCGUGUUGGUGUUGAUGGCGUGUCUGAACGCGCUGACCAACGGUGUGCUGCCGUCGAUUCAGUCGUACUCGUGCAUGCCCUACGGGACGAGCGUGUAUCACCUGGCCGUGACUCUGGGCUCGAUGGCCAAUCCGGUGGCUUGCCUGGCCGGAGUGUGGUUGAAGCCAGUCCGCUCCCGCGUGCUGGCGGCCAUGUUAUGCGCUGCUCUGAUACCUCUCUGUUACAUCAUCUCCACGGCGCUGCUCAGCCCGUCGCCGCCUCUACGCGCGGAGACCAGCGGCCGGGUACUGGUGGUGUUGUCGUGGGUGUUGGUGUGUGGGGUGUUGUCGUACGGCCGUAUGUGGGUGUACGGUUGGGCCAGGCGCGGCGGCGCGACCGGCAUGCGUGCCUGCGGGGCCGCCACACAGCUGGGCUCGGCCGUCGGCUCGCUGGCUCUCUUCGUGCUCGUGAACUACAGUUCUCUCUUCACGCAGCCCGAGCUCUGUCCUGCCACCUAGCACCGGAUCGCAGCUCACCCGCGACGUCACCGUCAGGUCUAACGUGACGUCCGCUCCCUAGCUUGACCGAUCCUAGUAUCAGUGCUCCUUAGUAUUUAGUUAACAAAAGCGCAACGCGAACAGAGGGACAAGUCUGUCAGUUUUCGUUUUUUUUUCUAUUAUAUAUUUUUUCUAUUUAUUCAAUUAUUUAAACAUCUGUAGAAAAGUUUGGCUUAUUCCACCCUGCCGUAGACUAUACCACACUGUCGAAGCUUUUCAAUACUCCUCUCGUGACAUCAGGGUGACGCUGACGGAUCCGAGAUCAUUAGCAGUACUUACAUAGUUGGUAUUGUGACGAGCGUCGCGUCUCGGUAUUAUGGUGGUUAUCUUUGAUUUAAUAACAAUCAGUAGUGUGUUAGUUCAGCGUCCGUGUUCAUAUAGUAUUGUAAUCUGUUAGGAAGUGAACGUUUAUUAGUAUCGCUUCUGUAAGGCGGUGGAUGUUGUCAGAAGCUCGGAGAUGAAUUUAUUUCAUGUUUUAAUCCGCAAUAUGAACGACAACAACGGUAACAGACGGGUGUGAUGAGUGGACGUCACGUAACGUGUAGGGGGUACCGAUGACGUGGACCGCCGCGGAUCCGACGCGAUGUGACAAGUAUCCUGGACAGGGACGAGACGGAGGACCGGUAAUAUUUAGAUGUAAGACGGAAUCAUUGUAAUUAUAUUAUAGUCAAAUACAUAGUUUUAAGAUAUUUUAAUAGACAAAGUGGUGGAAGUGACGUCACGUGGUUUCUGUUAUAUUUUCUUUCGCAAUUUUAUCCAAUGAAUGUUUUAUAACUGUUAUGCCGGUUUCGUUCGGCGCUUCGCGGCGCCUCGCGACCGGGAGGUGCUGUUUAUAUUUUAUUGUAGCUAACUGUAUGUACUUAAUGUGAUCUUUAGUACUUACUGCUGAUGUGAAAGUCGUUGACUGAACAUUCUUGAGUUGUGUCCAUGCCCAGUUCAUGAAAUGAGACUGACAUAAGCACGAACUCCUACAUCAGUUAUAAGAGUUGAAAUAAUAUAUUUAAUGUUGAAUAAGUGCUUUUGAGUGUUUUAUAAAGUUGAGAUGGACAAUAAACACUGUUACCAAAA